GUCAAAGAGGAAAGCGAGACAGCAUCUAAUUGGUAGUGAUUGACAUGGCCUAGAGUUACUUAUCUAGUGGUGUGGCCCAUAAACAUCAGUCUGCUCAUUUCCUCGUAGCAUUUACUUCAUUUAGCUGACUUUCAAAAGUCAAUUCGCCUACCGAGAGUUUCGACGCAUCGACACAACCAACGGCCGGAGUAGACAAACGAUGCUCCAUUCGCCAAACGUGACAGCACCUUUCACGGUCCGCAAUCUUUUAAAUUUAUCAGAAUUCAAUCCGGCAAGCUAUAAAGAAGCUGGUCCAGUCGAAUGUUUGACACACAUGACUUCGAUCCACGUUAUGCCAAACAAGAAUGACGAAAAUACAAACAACGGGCUGCCAUUACACGAAAAUCAUCAUCCGAAUUUUCUAUAUCCAGAAACGCCGAGAUCGAUGUACCUAAAGAACGAUGUGAACCACCAUACGAAUUUAAACGGAUCACACGCUCAGAUCCUCGAGUCCCCGUGCCCUCCAGUGUCAAUGGAAUCACAGUUAAACAAGUCAGAAAGCCAAGAGAUCACUCAAGAGCUUCAACAUACACAACACACUUCGCCGAACGCCAACGAGAUGCAUCAUCAAGUCACAAAUCCCAACUUAGCCUCAACCGAAGUACCCAACAAACAGAAACGUAUACGACGGAAACCGCGAGUCCUGUUUUCCCAGGCGCAAGUAUACGAGCUAGAAAGGCGGUUCAAGCAACAAAAGUACCUCUCAGCCCCCGAGAGAGAUCACCUCGCCAGCAUGCUAAAACUAACAUCCAACCAGGUCAAGAUCUGGUUCCAGAACAAACGCUACAAAUGCAAGAAACAAGCGCUUGAAAACAAAGCACGGACAGCUGGAAUGGAGUCGUGGUAUGGCCUGCCGCCAGAGCCGCGCAGAGUGGCCGUGCCUGUUCUCGUACGAGAUGGUGAACCUUGCUUGGGAAGAGAACCUUACGGUUUAAAUAUGAACAUGAAUAUGAACAUGAACUUCGCCCCGCAUUACAUGAACAUGUACCCACCACCGCAAAACAACCAUCUAACAAACAGAACAUGGUAACUGUUAAGUCUAGCGUCGCCGAUAAGCGAAGGUAACAAGCUUUUGCUAUGACACUGCAAAGCAGGACAAGAAUGAACAACUCUUAUCAGUGACACUAAGCAGAGACGCGAGAUAUUUAAAAUUUUCUGGAGAAAAUGAGAUACGAGUUACAUUAGCCAGAGAGUAAUGUAGAAAGCAAGUAAAGGUGAUAUUUAGAGGAUAUUUUUAAGAAAAAAUUACUCCCUCUAUCGUGUAAAAUAAAGAAAGGUAAGAAAUGUUAAUAAUUGUUGAUACUAAAGAUUUAAACACUGUACUAAAUGCAUACAUCCCAUCGCUCCUUGUACACAUUUUUAAAUCAUGUUAUAUAAGCCUGUUGUGCGAGGUGCUAGUUUACUACCUUGCACUGAUAAAUUUCACACGCAAAGAUAGUGUAAUAUUUCACCAAAGAUAUACCGUUUCCCACAGACAAAGUCAAAGCAAAAAUUUAUAAAUAGGUAAAAGUUAGACAAAUCAAGAUUUGUUGAACGUCAUAAGCUGAAUACACGUGCGGCACUGGUCAAUUCAAUAUCGAGUGAACACGGAUAUAAUACACAAUUGACAUCAUUCUCCAGUAUUGAGCGUUGGUUAAGCUAGAAUUAAUUCAAGCAACUUUUAAAUUAUCACAGAAAAUAGUAUUAUUAACUAGACGUGUUUUAUGAAUAGCAGUUCUAACUUCGUGCCAUUUUUAUCUAUCAUUUUACGUGAGAGCCAGCUUUAAGGUUGGAUUGUCAUAACUUGUGUGUGAAAUUUAGCGCUAUCUUGAUGACGAGUGCGAGAUAAGCAAUUGAGUAACAAGAAACUUGUCAGGGUGACUCGUGUGUGUGUGUGUGUGUGUAUGGGUUUUAUGUGCUUUCCUCCGAUACAAGAAUAAUUAACGAUAUAAGCAGACAGAAACUGCUUGGAACAGAUAUACCACGAGUGUGAAGAUAGCUUUUAAAGAAAUGACAUUCACUACAUGUUAAUUGGCGAUUUAUGGUGCACACAUUGUGAAAAGAAGCCAAGACCAACGAGAUGCAAAAUAACAGGGCUAUUAUCUUUUAUCCAUUAAAAUAUAUGUUCCGUGUCUCAAAUAUGGAGAUGAAGUCAGUGCUUUUAAAUCUGCCGGCUUGCUUAUGUCAGCUGUUCAAUAGCACGGGACAUCCUUUCGUACUUUUUUAACGUAAAUAUUUCUAUUUUUUGGUUUAUUUCAACACGUGUUCUUUUAAACGAAUAAAAUUACAAAGUUGAAAAC